AUGGGGAUGGCUCCGAUCAAGCUCAGCUACCACGGUCAGAGCCACUACAACUCGGUCCGAGACUACUCCCUGCGAUAUCCCUUGCAUCCACGCAGGUCGAAGCGCAUCCUGCAGAUACGGGAGGCGCAGCACGCGCACACUCCCGGCUCAGCUGUGCCGGCUUCUCUCAGCAGGCCGGGCGGCGGCAAGGCGGGCAGCAGAGGAGUGGGGGUGAUAGAAAAGUCUUGCAACUCUCGAUUCGCGGGUUUCAAGGAGAGCGCCGCCUCUUCGUUCUCUGUCGGAGGGGGUUCCGCACGUUCGGGGGGAAUGGGGGGGAAGCGGGGUGGCCGCGGUGGCCGCCCCAGAACUGGA